AGUAAAACCGCAAACAUAUUUAGUUGUUUUGUUUGUAUUUUAUAGUCGUUGUUUUGCUUUUUGCUUUUUCUUCUAGGAGCCCAGGUAGAACAGCCGGUGGUCAGAAAUAUUUUUAUUUAUUUGAAUAAACCGACUGCAAAAUAGAAUUGUUACCAAUACAUGUUCAUGACAAUUCAUUGGUUUAUAUGUCAUACAAAACACUGUUCAAGAUGCACACCCAUGCAUACAUUGUUUCACCCCCCACCACUGUUUUAUUACACGUCAUAUCCGGGAUGAGAGGGGGUGCGAUGACAGCUGGAUCAACAAGAAAUUCUCACAGAGCAGUGUCCAGUCUGUCACGGUACCUGCCUGUCUCUCAGCACCCCCUGCUGCCUUUCAUUGGAGUCCAAAGGAGGGUUCAGGCUCUCUCUCCGCCCCUGGCCAGCCAGCCACCAUGGAGCCUCUGCAGGAACGCACAGUGAGCUGUGACAGUGGACUGGCGGAGAGGGACAUUGCUGGAGCCGACCCAGAGGGGAUGUGGGACAGCGGCGCCAUGGACCCACCUGAGCAGGAGGGACGCACCUUCAUGCAAGUGCUCAGUGAGAAGUACAGCCCGGAGAACUUCCCCUACCGCAGAGGGCCCGGCAUGGGCAAGGUGGUGGUUCCCACCCUCCCCCAGGGCUCACCAAUGAAAGAUCGGUUAAACCUUCCCAGUGUGUUGGUCCUAAGCGGCUGCGGAAUCAGCCACGCAGGGGAAGAGCGGGAGAUUGCUGCCUUCUGUACCCAUGUGGUGGAGCUCGACCUGUCCCACAACAAGCUUCAAGACUGGCAUGAGAUCAGUAAGAUUGUGUCAAACAUCCCUAAUCUGGACUUCCUCAACCUGAGCUCCAACCCACUAAGCGAGGUUGUCUUGGAGCCUAGCAGUGCCGAGGCCUUUGCCCGAGUCCGUCGUCUGGUCCUCAACAACACCCAGGUGUCCUGGGACACGGUGCUCGUACUCACACGGGAGAUGCCAGAACUGGAAGAGCUGUUCCUGUGUCUGAACGGGUACACCGGCGUGUCGGCCUGCACGCUGCCGUGCCACACCCUGCGCCUGCUGCACAUCACCGACAACAACCUGCAGGACUGGGCCGAGGUGCGCAGGAUCGGCUCCAUGUUCCCCGGCCUGGAGACCCUGGUCAUGGCCAACUGCAACCUGAGCUGCAUCCAGGACUCUGAGGACACCCUGGGGCGUCUCUUCCCCAAUCUGCGCAGCAUCAAUCUGCACAACUCAGGUCUCAGUAGAUGGGAGGACAUAGAGAAGCUUAACCACUUCCCUAAACUGGAAGACGUGAGGCUCCAGGGGAUUCCCUUGCUACAGAACUACACCAACACUGAGCGCCGGAGCCUGAUGGUGGCACACCUGCCCUCUGUUUCAUCACUCAAUGGCAGCGUGGUGACGUACGGGGAGAGGGAGGACUCAGAGAGGUUUUUCAUCCGUUACCAUGUGGAUUACCCAGAGGACCAACUGCCUUACAGGUACCACUGCCUGGUGACCAAAUACGGAAAACUGGAACCCUUGGCUGAGAUUGACCUUCGACCGCGCUGCCAUGCCGAGGUGGAGGUGCACUGUGAGGAUAUGGUGGAACAGGUGAGCAUUCGCCUGGACCAGACCGUGGCCGAGCUGAAGAAACAACUAAGGACAGUCGUCCAACUGUCAGCCAGUCAGAUGCGCCUUUACUACAUUGACAAGGACAGCGUGUUUGGGCCGGAAGAGAUGAAGUACCACACGAGGGCCCUCCACUCAUACAGUAUCCAGGACGGGGACCAACUCCUGGUGGUACCCAAGACCAGCAAAGGGACUACCGCCACCGUCAAACCUUAACUCCCAAACCGUAACUCACCCGCCGUAGAAAUAACAUUACCAGAAUGGUCUACCCAUCGUGGCAUGUUGGCUUGAAUGGGGAUGCAGCUCCAGUAAUUCUGUUUCUAAGAUACUCCCCUUCCCAAUCCAAAUCUUGUUUGAAGACUCCUUUAACCUGUCCUACAUUUAGCAUUGAGGGUGGGACACAUUAUCAGGAAUAACAUGACUUUGAUUCUUUCUCAUAUUUUUUGUUAACUUCAUUUAUAUCCCCCCUUUUCUCCCUUCCCAAAUGUCAUGCAUAAUUGCAUUUAUGGCCCAGUCUCACCGUAACCACUCCCACCAGAUCCGGGAGAGUUUAAGAUCAUCCAAACCUUCCUCCAUGGCACUCACACCAAUCUGUCCUUUUUUCCAACACUGCUUUUUCAACCCGUAUGUAAGGUCCGGCAAUGCGUGUGAGUGCGCGCCCACUCACCUGGCCACCUGCGUACGUUUUUGAAGGAGCCCAAACAUCCCGAGAUCGUCACUAGAAAGCAAUGAGAACCCUGCUGAACAAGAGUCCCUUCUCCAGGCAGUGUUGGCCAUUUGCAUUGCGCGUGGCCUCUCCCAGCCACUCAUUAGCUAGCGACACACCAUACUAGACUGGUGAUCAGCUUUAUGUUAGGUAAGAGCGCCUUAGGCUGCUGCGCCACCUGGGGGCUCCUCGUGAUGACUCGGAAUGGCUUUGUUAUUUAACGUCACUGCUCCAUACAUGUACACUGACUAAGGCAUAAUGCAUUUUAAUAACCGAGGAGGGAGAAAGGUACAGUAAUACGUAAAACCCUUUGUACAACACCUAGCAACCUUACUAUACUUUCAGUAUUCUAGUGAACGGAUGUGACACCGUACGUGUUAGGCCAAUAGGAUUGUAACGUGAAUCGGGAAUGAUUCCCAUGAUUCAUUUCAGGAAUAUUUAACCGAACUCCAGCUACUACAAUGGCAGAGCUAAUCGUAAAAUGAUUGAAAUGUGAAACGAGGCAUCGGUUAUACAGUAACUGAAAAAUAUAUGGCCUAAACAUGAGAAAAGUGUCCUCACUCCUAGAACGUAUGUGUCUUAUAAGCACAGGAGAUGUUGCACAGUUCUGCUUGUGUAUCUUUAAGACAAUGCCCCAUUGUAUAAUCUGUAGAAUGGAAGAGGUGUAGAUGAAAUCCUAUUUGGUACGCUAUACGUCUGUCAUACUGACUGCUUUGAGUGUACUGGGUCCGUUGUACUCAAGCUAACCGAAGUCUUGAUUGUGCUUUGUCGUCAUUCCCUCAGAAGAUACAAGCUGUACUUUUCAAUGGGUCAGUGACUAGUAUACACUUUACUUUGUUAGGUAACUGAUCCCUCCAAAUGAAAUACAUAUGGAUCAUACAGUGCUGCAUGAAAAUAUUGCUUUGCUAAAUAUGUUUUUGUGUUCUGAAUUUUCUGGCAUUUUUUGUGGAAAUCCUUCAGCUGUCCAGGACAAUUUGCCUGGAUUACAUUUUAACACCUAUUGACACAUUUGCCUCGGUAUCUUAGGCCCUGUUGCAAGCACAGGCUUUUUUUCACCAAAGAUAGUGCAUUGGUUUGUAUGAACUUAGACAUUGCGUUGCUGAUGCGUUUGCCAUGUGUGUAAAGGAACGUGCACUUGGUUCUGUUUUUGUCUUCUCCAGGGCAAAGUUAACUAGGUCAGCAGCCGUUGUUUGGGACAGAAGAACUAAGUAAUUGCUUGGUGUUUCACAGCUGAGGGGCACUGCCACCUUAAAUCACCAUGUAUAGGCUGCUUGGUUCUCUGUUGCAUUUUAAUCUACUGACUGUGUUGUGAUGUGGUAUUAUCUGAUUUUGAAGACAGAAAAGUUUAGGAACUUGCACUUAACAGAGCUAGAUCUAAAUAAAAAAAAACAAUGUAUUAGACUGUAGCAAUAUAUCUCACAUAAUUUAUUGUAUUUAUUUUAUUACGUCACAACAUAUUAAACAUGAAGCAAAGGUCCUUUUUUACAGUAGGGCUAAUUUUUCUAUGUUGCAUUUGCUCUAGAUGACUUCAGUUGCUUACAUAAAACAUGUAUUAAUGCAAGUAUGACUAUGGAGAAUGACAGCAUAAAUGGAUAUACAUUUUAACAAAUAUAAAUUAAAUUAGAUCUCUCUGGAGCUGUUGCUCAUUGUACAUUUAGAUAAUAGUGUAGGUUUAGAUUUAAUUGCCUCCUUUGGUUUCUGAAAUCAUGUUUUCAUGCAGGCUGUAAGCAGAGCUAUUAAUACUUUGUGAAUAUAGAGUGCUGUAUCAAAGGGGAACUGGUAAUCAGCUAUAGGCUCGUAAUGGUAUACGACACUCAUUGCCGCCUUUAACCAAUGCUCCCUUUCCGUUCGUAUCUCCUUUUCCAUGGUUUCCUUUUAUUCCAGUUUCAUUAGUAAGCAUGAACAUAGCACAUUAAUGGAUUCUGAAUCAACUCGUCAACGUACAGUGGGAAUGUCAGAGUUGGUGUUGAAAGCGUUGAAAUUAGCAGUUGAUUUAAAUGUUUGAUUUGAACUCAUGAUAUUUAUUCAAUGUUUUGUGUGAACUGUUUUCCCUUUAGUCUCAACAUACACUAAAUGCUGCUCCAGCUUUGAGAUCACUGUGUUUUAGUGUGAAAGAUCUCUUUGGCAUCUAGACCUAUUCCAGGUAACCACUUCACUCUUGUCUGGGUUCAUUUGUUCCCGGCAGAAGUUAAACUAUUUCUAUUAUCGUGGAUGUGGGUUAGUGCCUCUCCUGCACCUCAAGUAUUGUAAACAUAUCAUGCAGUGCUCCACAUUGGUCUGGUACAGUAUAUCUCUGGCCGUUCUGUAGUUAGGAGUCCUCCGCCCUGUUUGACCUAACCAACUGUAUUCUCUUCAUGAUGGGAUACUAAAGCGGUGUGCCACUAUAAAAAUGUGGAUUUGCAUUGAAAUUAGCGUUAUUUUUGAACACCUGAUAGUACUAGGUGUCUGUGCUCCAUGAGUCCAACUGCUGUAGAGACUGUUUUAUGAUUUUUGGAAUCCUGGAUGUGACACUGUUGUCCAAAGGUUUAUCAAAGGUUUAUCAAAGGUAUAUCUGCGUGGCAGAAAUAAAAUAUGGAACGUGUAUCAUUCAAUGCAGUAUGUAAUUCACCUGGUUACACUGUAGAGAAAUAUCUGACAAUAAAUAGUAGUCUUCUUGUUAAGAUGUAGAAUUCAAUAGUUCACCUAUUGCUUUAGGGAUGAGAGGUGGUGACACAUUGAUGCUGUCUAUGCAGUCAUUGCUAUUUUCAGUCUCCUUUAGUAAGGCUGACUUAUACAUUUAUGUGUUAUUGUUGCCAGUUUCUGUAAAAAAACAACAACAACAAAUGAACCCAUUUCUGCUCAAAUACAUUACAACACAACAUAUCCACAGCAAUGAAGGUCCUGUAUUUAGAGGGCAUGGCACUUCUAGGCACUGCUAUUGAAAUUAGUCUUGAUUGUUUUAAUGAUAAUGUUGAAGAAUAUGUUUGCUUGCACAUUAUAAGUUCAAAAUAUUCAGUGUUAUUUGAAUUUUCUGCUUUCUGCUGCCUCCUCAAAAAAUAGAAGAACAUAACUAGGUUGCUAAAGCAAUUUACCCAAGUAUUAUCCCUAGCUUUGGUAGUAACACAAAUGAAAGGAUUUUGGACACCCACCCUUUCUUUAUUUAUUUUAAACCAUGCAUUAAACAUUUAUUAAACAA